AUGAAUUCCAUUAAUCAAACAAGUGCCCUUAUGAAUAACGUCAUAUCACCUCCUUUGUACUCAACGAAAACCAAAGUUGGAUUCACCUUUGCGUACAUCACGAUCUUUGUAAUAUCGCUAUUCGGCAAUUCUGUGGGACUACAGGUUGUGAUGAGUGCCAAAACACCUUCGAGACGAAUCACUUAUCUGCUGAUCAAGAACUUGGCAGUUGCUGACUUAAUUCUAACCCUGACAGUGAUGCCCUACUCUGUGUGGUUCAUGUACUUCGAUCCUAACCGCUGGUUCGGUGGAACAAUGGGAACUAUCACGUGUAAACUGUUUUUCUAUGCCAUACUUGUCUCCAUCGCCGCUUCUGUGAUAACAUUGACUAUUAUCUCCAUCGAUCGCUUCUUUGCUAUCUAUUACCCUCUAAAACUAACUCUCUUCCAUAAACAUAAGACGAUCACAAUGAUAAUAUGGUUCGUCUCAUUACUCGCUGUUUCGCCUUACUUAUUGUUGCUCCAAGUCGAGAAAUUCCGCGACCAUUAUGUUUGCCUCCUCGUAUGGCCAUGGUCCAAGAACAGCAUAGAAACAUAUCAUGUCAUGAGAGCUUUUCACAUUUUCGGCUUUAUUGCCUUUUAUGCACUUCCACUGUUAAUAACAGCUGUGUUAAACUGCCUCGUUGCUCGUAGAGUCUGGUUUCACAAGUCUCCAGGGAAUGCUUCCAGUAACAGAGCCUCGACAGCCUCGAGGCGAAAAGUCAUCAGAAUGUUAGCUAUCAUCGUGGUCGGAUUCGCCUUAUGCUGGCUACCUACAUACAUAAAUCACUACUUCAUGUUUUUUCAGCCAGCUGUUUGGGAAAAAAUUCCUAUCGCGGUUUGGACUUUCAAUUUUUGGCUGUCGUACGCAAAUAGUGCAAUAAACCCUCUCUUUUACAUCGGUUUAUACAGGCGUUUUCGCAAAGCAUUUCUGGAUGCUUUGACUGUGCUAUUUGCGUUUCCUUGUCAAGUAGUAAGUCAUUGCAUGUCCUAUUUUACAGAGGAACCAUCAGCCGCCAUGCCUUCCCCAAGAAACGAAGCACCUAGACAGCAA